AUGGUGGCGAUCUCGCUCUACAGGGGGAAUCUCCACCGGGUCCCCGACGCCCCUCGUCGAUGGCUAAUGCCCACCCGCAGCCUCUCCCUCAGGGACUUCAAAUCCCUCCUCGCCCGUCGCUCCAGGGCUCUUUCUCACCUCCGACCCUCCUCCGCCGCCGUCGUUGUCCCAGUCGGUACUACCUCUAACCCUAACCCUGACCUUACCAAGCUCGAUUCCAAGGAAGUCGGGGAUCCUCCUACGCCUCAAUUGAGGGAGAUAAAAGCUGUUGACGACGAUAAUCAUCGCUGCGAUGAGGAAGAAGGGGCUCCCGGCAGGGCUGGAGGAGAAUGUGCUGAAGCGGACCGGCGGUUGUUGAACGGUGGAGAUUGCUCGAUGAAGCUGGAGGAUGCGGCUGUUGAGAAUCCUGAAGCAGUUGAGAAAGGUGGAGUUGAGGUUGUUAAUGGUGAUGGAGUUGUGCAGGCUUUGCUCGCCGUGAAGGUGGAAGAAUCGGCUGAACCUAGUGCUGAGGGAAAAGACGAACCUGAGCUGUCCGACGAAAAAGCAAAAAGGAAAAAAGAGGUUGAGGAGAAGUUGGAAGUUUUGAAUGCAAAGAAGCAUAAUCUGGUGCAACUUCUAAAGCAGUUACUAAAUGCUGAGGAAGAGUUGAAGAGGCGAAGCACUAUGCAAACAAUGACAACUCGUCCAUCUGGUUCGCUUCAGGUAGAUGUCACAAAUGAUUCUGGGUCAUUGACCAGACACCUCACUCCUAGGAUGGGGUCUGAGGCUAAUCUUGGGGCAGAUAUGGAAGGAGCUGAAAAUGAAGAUGUUUCGAAUCAAAACGUUCAUUCUCGUCGUUUACAAAGAAUGAGCAGUACUUCUCCAUCUUCAGAGUCUCCCCUUAGAAGACCUCCCUACAAUGUGGUUCCUCCCCUCCCAUCUCGAACAAGUUUGGGAGCCAGCCCAUCGAGGUUUGCACCAACAGGGCAACAACAUCAUCCGGCAAACCCACCACCCACAGUAUCCAUAUCUGGAACGAAUUACGCACCGUCUUCUCCUUCCCCUGCAGCAUCUGGUGGCACCUCAGCAUUUCGUGAUGCUCGCCAACCUAGCCCAUGGAACUAG